AUGGCUUCUGUGGUGGUUGGGAAACGCGUCUUUGCGUCCUUGGGCGAGGACGAUGGAGCCACCAGUGACUUCUACCGCCGGCACAAUAGGCCAAUUUCAGGGGAGGCCGCUCCAUCCAGGACUGGUGGAUCCCGUCAGAGGCGGAAGCUCAGUGUGGGCGACAUGUCCUCCGCAAUGUUCGGUACCCGCUCCACUCCUCUCGCUGCCCCCACCCCCGCCCCUCCUGCGAGUUAUCGCCGCCGCACGUUCAAGAAGGAUGCCUCCAUCGUGCUUCUCGGUAUGCCAGGAACUGGCAAGUCCACCCUGGCUGUCAUUGCCUCGAUGGCAUGCCGGAGGCGCGUUGUCGAUAUUGAUGACAUGUUCCAAGACACAACGGGCUUUUCUACUGCCAAAUACCGCAAGCAAUUCGGUGCGGCCAACUAUAAUUUGCGACAAGAAGAACUGCUAAGAGGUCUUCUUCAUGAGCAUGACCACGACGCGAUACUUGUCUGCAAUGGUGUCUCUCUGGAGCGGAAUGGGCAAACCUUGAUACAAGACUUCGGUCGGACACAUCCCGUAGUACAUGUACUGCGCGAUCUUCCUAGCCUGCAUAGCUACCUGGGCCGGCCUGACAUGCAGAGACUCAAUGACAUGUUCGCCUUUACCGCACCUAUGCUACGGCGCUGCUCUAAUUACGAGUUUUACAACAUAUCCGAAGCCAAAGCCGGGAACGUUGACACGUCAGAUGACCAGACCAUGGCUCCAGCAUUUCUCACACUGAAGAGGGCGCAGAGGACCUUCCUCAAGUACUUGUCGCUUAUAACGACUCCCGAGCUUCCGGAUGAGUCGGUUGGGGCGUCCAUUCCACCACUAGAACCUGGUUAUCCGCUGUCCGAUGUAGCAACCGAGCUUCGGAAAUACACUUGUGCCGUGCAGGUAUCGCUGCAAGACAUACUUGCUCCAGACGCCGACGUUCAGAGCCUAGAAGUUGGCGCUGACGCCUUUGAGAUCACCCUUGAUUUGAGUCAACAACGUCCCAUGGCCACCCUCAUGGACGAUGUUAGCGCUUGUGUGUCGAAAGUACGCAGAAGCACAGUGGUACCGAUCAUAUACCAUGUGCUGCCUACUUCUACCUCGGAUGGCAGCCGAACACUCUAUCUGGAAUACAUACAUCAUGGUUUGCGCCUGGUCCCUGAGUACGCGACUAUCGACUUGUCGCUGGACCCUGGCGCGCUUGCGGACGUCAUCAACUCUCGUGGUACAACCAAGAUGAUCGGACAUCUACAUGCCGACAAGCCAUGGGAGGAUCAUUCUUGGGUGGCACAGUACGAAAAGGCCGUACGUGUUGGGUGUUCCGUCGUUCGAUUUACUCGGCCAGCUCAUUCCAUUGAUGACGAUGUCUCAGUUCGCAGCUUCAGUCGUCGAAUGGCAGCGCAGGAUGCCCAGAUCCCUUUGAUUUGUUAUAAUACAGGACGAGCUGGUCGACGCUCCGUAUGCUUCAACCAACAUUUUACGCCUGUUGUUGCGGCCUCGAAAAGGGACGAGGCUGACGAUACUGCGUCAAUAGCACAGUACCCACGCGAUUCUUGGCUUACUGCUAAAGAAGUGACACAAGCCCUCUACAAUUCAUUCACAUUCGACCCCAUGCAAAUGUACAUCAUUGGUGUGCGCCUAGGAUACAGCGUAUCGCCAGCGAUGCACAAUGCAGCGUACAAUGCUUGCGGAAUGCCACACGUUUUCAGUCGCAUCGAGAGCCCGACUGUGAAUCGUCUCCAGGAGCUUGUACGCAAGCCGAACUUCGGUGGGUCCAUUGUCAUACAGCCCUUCAAGAUGGAGGUAAUGGCGCUGGUAGACUCACUGAGUCAACAUGCCCGAGCGAUUGGCGCUGUCAACACGGUUAUACCUGUACGUCGGAGAAAGGACGAUGGCAGCAUCCCAAGCGACCUCGAACUCUUUCAUGAGCGCAACCAGUCUGGGCCUGUCCAAGCUCUCUAUGGAGACAACACUGAAUGGAUUGGGAUCCGGUCCUGCGUACGACGUGGUCUCUCUCCAGCUAACGCGGUACGGCCGUCAACGUGCGGACUCAUUAUUGGGGCUGGCGGUAUGGCGAGGGCAGCUGUUUACGCGCUGUUGCAAUUGGGUGUAAUGAAUAUUGCCAUUUUCAACCGGACUUACAAGAGAGCCGAGAGUCUCGUAGAGCACUUCUCGCGGCUCGCCUCGAGCUCAGUGGACCAAGUCAGCUCACGGAAGAUGCGGCAGAUGCGACCGAACUUGACGAUAUUGAAAUCGCGCGAUGAGUGCUGGCCGGAGCAUCUCCGGGAGCCUACUAUCAUCAUUUCGUGCAUACCCACGGAUCCGAUAGAUGGGGGCCCAGCAGCGCAGUUUUCGCUACCUCCACAGUGGAUGGAGAGUCCGACUGGCGGUGUCGUGAUGGAGACGGCAUACAAGACGCUCAAUACACCACUGUCGCAGCAAGUGCGCGACGCGCCAAAGAAGCUAUGGACGUACAUGGACGGUCUAGACUUUAUCCCCGAGCAGGCAUUCGCUCAGUUCGAGCUGUUUACUGGCAAGCGAGCGCCACGGAGGGUGAUGCGUGAGGAGGUACUGCGUGCAUGGAGGGACGAGCAGGGCAAUACUGAUUUGGAGAUGGUGAAGAAGAGAUGCGCAGCCAUAGACGACCAGGAGCCGUAG